GGUUCUUACUCUAUUGGACUGAAUGGAUAAUGAGCGAGAAGCGGACCGUUUCAAACCACCUGUGGACUUUGUGAAAACGCCUUGCAGAAAUGUGUGCUACACUACGCCCGAGUUAAAUAUAAUGCAAAUUAACGACAAGACAACAACGACAGUAUGGCCAAGGACACUGGCAUGGACGUGGACCCUGAUGCUUCUGUUGGUCACAUGCUUUCUCUACUGGUCACGGAUGGCCAUGCCAAUCUGUGCUGUUACCAUGUCAAAAGAAUUUGGAUGGAGCAAGACUGAGACUGGCAUGGUCCUGGGUGCUUUCUUCUGGGGUUACUGUUUUACUCAGGUCCUUGGUGGCCAUGUCAGUGAUAGGAUAGGAGGAGAGAGAGUACUGCUGCUGUCCACCUCCUCCUGGGCCGUUAUGACAGCUAUCACCCCCCUUCUGACCAACAUUGGACUCCGACCUCUUGUUACCAUGACAUUGACCAGGUUUUUAUUGGGUGUAAUGCAAGGGGUUCACUACCCUUCUCUUGUCAGUGUCUGCGCUCAGCGUGUGGCAGAGGGAGAGAGAGGUUUUCUGAUGAGCACUCUGGCCUGUGGGUGCUACCUAGGGAUGAUGCUGGUUGGAGGUGUGGGUUCCCUGAUGCUGGACUGGUUUGGAUGGGAGAGUGUGUUUUAUGGAGCUGGUCUCCUUGCUUUUUGCUGGACAUUUUGUGUAUGGAAAUGGCUUCUCCAAGGUCCAGUUUUUUCCUUUGACUCGUUGUGGAUCAGCAACAAUUGCAUUCCUGAAUCUUCUAGAACCAACUGGCUGCAUCUCUUCAGAGAGCCUAGUGUCUGGGCCAUGAUCAUUUCUCAUCUAUGCUUUAAUAGCACCUAUUACACCCUCAUGUCAUGGCUACCAACCUAUUUCAAAGAUAUGUUUCCUCAUGCCAAGGAUUGGGUGUUUAAUGUGAUUCCUUGGUUUGUGGCGCUGCCCACUUCACUCUUUGGAGGCUCCAUCUCUGAUCAUCUCAUUAGACAAGGUUGUGGCACAGCAACUGUAAGGAAAUCUAUGCAGUUCUGUGCUAUGGGAGCAGCCAGUGUGUUCAUUAUCCUUCUCUGUAAGACGAGCAGUUUUGUCCAGGCUGUUGCUUGCGUAUCUCUGGUUGUUGGGCUGUCCACCUUUAAUAAUAGUGGGGUGUCCGUGAAUGUGCAUGACCUUGCACCGUCAUGUGCAGGAGCUCUGUUUGGGGUUAUGAACACAUGUUCUGCUUUUUCUGGUUUGUUGAUGGUGUACAUGUCUGGCUACAUCAUUGAGAUGACAGGUUCCUGGGAGACUGUGUUCUCAAUCCUGGCUCUGGUGAACAUCAUUGGUGUCACCAUAUUCAUAGUGCUGGGUGAAGCAAAGCGAGUUGAUCAGCUGGAUCAGCCUCAGAUCAUUUGAGCAUCAUGUUGAAAACAAAUUACACCUCUCGGAUGCAUAUAGUUCCUUAUUUGUCAUUUGUAACAAAUGGAUUGGGAACUCUUUAACACUCUAAAACACUGUAUAAUAUAUUUCUGUCAUUAUUUUUUAAUUAAAAUAUGUUAAAUAUGUUGGCAGAGCUGGUUGGAAAUGAUUGAGUGAAACAAUGUUUUAUAUAAGAAAUAUUUAUCUGAAAUGUAAAUUUAAUAAAUUAAGAAUU